UCUUCAUUACCUGGCGAAAAACAAUCUCUAUCGACCACCCCCACACUCACCAUGUCGUCGGCUGCUUGUAUCUUCUGCAAGAUUGUCAAGGGUGAUAUCCCUUCCUUCAAGCUCUUCGAGAGCGACAAGGUCUUUGCUUUCCUGGAUAUCCAGCCGCUCAGCCGUGGCCAUGCGCUCGUGAUCCCCAAGUUCCAUGGCGCAAAGCUCACCGAUAUUCCCGACGAUGACCUGCUCGAGAUCUUGCCCGUGGCAAAGAAGAUCGCCCUCGCGACCGGCGCCCAGGACUUCAAUAUCCUCCAGAACAACGGGCGCAUUGCGCACCAGGUGGUUGACCACGUUCACUUCCACAUGAUCCCCAAGCCCAACGAAAAGGAAGGUAUGAGCAUUGGUUGGCCUAACCAGGCUACUGAUAUGGACAAACUCAAGGCUCUGCACGAGGAGAUCAAGGCGAAGAUGUAA